UUUCGAACUUGGAUGGUGUCACCAAAGCCAUGAAACAGGCUCAUGGACACCUUAAGGCCAUCUUUCAGAUGUCUAUGGUUCUCCGUGAUCAGAGUUUCCCGCGCAUUAUGAAGAGCGAGUGGGAUACUGCUGUUGAUCCCAAGGUUAAGGGAACGUGGAACCUUCACCAGGCCUCCAGGUCUAUUAACGCAGACCUUGACUUCUUCGUUAUGUUCAGCUCCCUGUCUGGUAUUUUUGGACAGCCUGGCCAGACUAACUAUGCAGGUGCCAAGACCUUCAUGGACGCCUUUGCUCAAUACCGCUUCAACCUGGGGCUUCCGGCCUGCGCCAUUCAGAUAGGUGCCGUUGAAGAAGUGGGAUAUGUAGCAGAGAAUGAGGGGGUCAUGCAACGGUUUGCCCAUACUGGUGGCUCAGAGAGCGCUAUCUCCGAGCAGGAGCUUCUUGAAGCCGUGAAUUCGACAUCGGGGUACUUCUAUCUUGGUGUCCGGUCCAACAUGUGCUUGAAUAAUCCAGGCGAACGUUCUCUCUGGAAGGGCGAUGUUCGCAUGGCAGCCUUUCAUAACAAUGAAGAUUCCAACUCUACAGCAGCUGGGUUCUCCAGCGACGAUCUGCAGUCCUUCAUCACUAAGGCGAAAGGGGACGCUGAUUUACUGGGUCAGUCCGAGUCAGCUCAGUUCCUUGCUCGAGAGAUCGGAAGGAAGGUGUGCGAUUUCUUGUUGAAGCCAGAGGAAGAGUUGCAGACAUCAUCCUCUCUGUCGGAUCUCGGGUUGGAUUCCCUCGUUGCUAUUGAGUUGAGACAGUGGUGGAAGUCGGUUUUCGGGUUCGAUAUCAGUGUGCUCGAAAUGAUGGGAAUGGGGAGUCUAGAUGCUCUUGGAGCGCACGCUGCCAAAGGCAUGCUGCGCUUAUUUCAUGGUGUUGAGGAAUAA